AUGGAUCUCGUGGAAACAACUCACAGUCUACUUGAGAAUAUGGGAGGGCUUUUUCCUCGUGAAUGUUUAAAAGAAAAUGUUAAAAUAAGCUUCCCGACAUCUGCACUGCAAUCAAACGACUCCAAUCAGAAUGAUGAAGGAGAGCGGGUAUAUAAUGUUUUCUAUGUUAUAUAUGUUUCUUUGCAGAACAUUGGGGUAGCAAAGGCAGGGUAUAAAAUCAUGGAGCACAUUGACUACCUGUUUGCUAACGACAGUCAUCCAGAAUCCUGGAACCAGAAGAAAGUGGAGGAUUUCCAGAACAUAGUUUAUCGUUUAUGUAUUAUGGGGAGAAAGCACGAGCGACCCGUGGAUGAUCUUCCCACAACAGGAGAUGCUCUGAAAACCUACUUUGAUAAACUGGCCUCUCUCCUCAGAAACAAGGACUACAGUGUGUGCGCGUGGGAGGUGGUUCGAAAGGAGCUCCUGCUUGUUCUUAAACUCACGCUUAACCUGACGUCAUUCUGUAAAUUAUUCUGAGUAGUUGGUCGUAGAUUUAUUUAUUUAUUUAUUAAAUGUAUUUGAUUAUUUAUUUAUUUAUUUGAUUAUUUAUGUACCU